GUGCUUUACGACCGCGGAAACAGGAGCGAACUUAGAAGGCGCUUAACUGUACCGCUCGCACUUGCGAGCAGCGCGCGCGCGCACAUGAGGAGAAAGGAAGAGACGAAGAUAGAAGGAGAGAGAGAAUACGGCAUCGUGUCCUGUACUUAUGCGUACUCGUACACGCACGCAAAUAACGAACGAACGAACGCACUCGUCGCGGAGAAAGGAGAGCCGGCCAUAUUUCAAACGGGUACACGCUCGCGGAUGCGUGUGCAUACGCAGCUCGUGGCUGCUUCUCUCUCUCUCUGUCUCUCUCUCUGUCUCCCGCAUUCAUUGUACGCGCGCGUCCGACUCGUCUCUCUCGCCCGGUCAAGUCUCUCCCUUCGUCCGGGCGCUCCGGAUUUUCUUGCCCUCUCGUUUUUCUUCCUCUAGCCCCCUUCCCGUCUCUCGCAUGUCGUCCCUCUCUUCGCCGUCACGGCGCGCACACGCAUACCCAGCUCCUCUUUCUCGUCACCGUCUUGCGUCUAAUUUUUGUCAUCUAUACUUGUAUACCAAGUACUCCUCCACCUUUGCCGGUUUAUCUCGCGUCCGUUCGCUCCGCCGUUGGAGCACUCGGAGCGCGUUAUCUAUUUAUCUAGCGUAUCUUGAGCGUUUCGCGAACGUCCGUGAAUUGAUCUCUCUCCCUCUCGCGGCAGCGGCUAUCCGUUUCGCUCUCUCGUCUCGCGCCGUCUCUGUCCCCAUUGCUCUCUCUCAUUCCAUCUCUCGCGCACCUCCCUCCCUCUCUCUCUCCUCUCCAACUCGGCUGUCUUCCUCUCUUUCCCGUGCCUGCUCUUGGUUACACCACGGCUCGUUCGUUCUCUCGGUGAUAUGUCUACGUACUCUCGUACUCAGGAGAGCGACGCGUGGGCCCUACUGGCACUGAAGUCGGUGCCGAGCGGUACGUCGAAGAUGCAGUGGAAUCCGGAGUCGAACGGGGCGCCGAUAGCGCGGCUCGAGGCCCGCGAGUUCGAGUACAUGGUUAGGCAACGGCGCAUCACGAUCGGCCGCAACAGCAGCAAGGGUGAGGUCGACGUUAACAUGGGCCACUCCAGCUUCAUCUCGCGCCGGCACCUCGAGAUCUUCUACGAGCAUCCGUUCUUCUUCAUGGUUUGCAACGGCAAGAACGGCGUAUUCGUCGACGGGGUAUUUCAGCGCAAAGGCGCCCCAGUCUUUCAACUGCCAAAGACAUGCACAUUCAGAUUUCCAAGUACAACGAUAAAGCUGCUAUUCCAGUCACUCGUCGACGAACAGGAACAGAGUAAUAUUCGCGUCCCCUCUCCGCCGAAGCAACGGGCACCGCUACCCCCUCUGCGAAUAAACAUCCCGGACGCCGGGUACAGCAGCCCAUUUCCAUCACCCACGGGAACGAUAAGCGCUGCUAAUUCGUGUCCGGCGAGUCCGCGUGCUGGCCAGGGCAGGAGAAACAUCUCGGCGGAUCUACAGAUGGUCGCGGCGUACGCUGCCGCUGUGGCAAAUGAUUCGCAGAAUUCCGCUUUAGAUAGGCACAGCUUAGAGAGGCAUGACAGCGGACAAAGUUCCAGCAGACAGAUAAGUCCGGAGCCUGGUGCCGAUGCUCGUUAUCGAGGUGGCAACAGUUCGGGCCCGAAUGGCACCACACCACACUAUAGUCCACCGAAGGAUGAUUCGAAACCGCCGUAUUCUUACGCGCAAUUGAUCGUGCAGGCGAUCGCCUCAGCGCAUGACAAGCAGCUUACCUUGUCAGGCAUCUAUUCAUAUAUCACCAAACAUUAUCCAUACUAUAGAACUGCGGAUAAGGGUUGGCAAAAUUCUAUACGGCACAACCUGUCGUUGAAUCGCUAUUUCAUCAAGGUGCCCAGGAGUCAGGAAGAGCCAGGGAAAGGCUCCUUCUGGAAGAUAGAUCCCCAGUCUGAAACAAAACUUAUUGAGCAGGCAUUCAGACGAAGACGGCAACGUGGUGUACCGUGUUUCCGUGCGCCCUUCGGGACUCUAUCAUCAAGAAGUGCCCCAGCUUCUCCGUCCCAUGUAGGAAUCAGUGGAUUGAUCACACCGGAGUGUCUAAGCAGAGAGGCUUCCCCUGGACCCGAGUCUUAUCCAGACAGUUCAGUGCCCUCUCCAGCUGGGCAACUCGCGACAAGUCAGUCGGCACCCGGCUCUCCUGGACAUCCCUAUACAUCGUCUCAGACAACUCAUAAGGGACGCCUGAUGCAAACGGUCGUAACAAAUGGUGUCAGUGGUGAUGCCACUGGAAGAGAAGAAAAAUAUUUGGUGCCUGGGAAUGCUGUAGAGGACCAUUCUUUAUCUCCAGCUGGCCAGUACAGUCCAGCUCCUGUUAUUGUACAAACAACAUAUAAUUACAGUGGAAAUUUUAUCAGCCCCGAUGCUGGCAUUGGGGGGGUUAGCAAACGCGCCCAUGAAGAAUCGGAUAGCUCGCCAGGUUCACCGGCCCCGCUCGCGAUCGUCGAGAGCCCCGAACCUCCUGAACAUCAGCCAUCGCAAUCCAAACGUCAACGUAUUCAUGAAAUGGAUGAUCAUUGAACUGAUAUACCUAGCAUCCUGUUACGUUAGAACAUUACAUUUACAUUAUUUGCCUGUCGUCAAACACACACAUACACUGCAAACUUCAUUUUAUUUUAACCGCAUAACCCGCUUUAGAUUGCACAUAAUCGAGAUCGAGCGUCAGUUCUAUGUUCUCGCGAGAAUCUGACGAGAAACUGUUGUGUGUACGAAUCUACAAAAGAAAAUCAAUUCACUGAGUGAAAGAACGACGAGCGGAAGACACUUUUCCUGUCCUUCUAGGCUUCAUGUUCUCAACAUGAUUUUCUCAACAACAGUCAAUGUACAUAAGAUAUAUAUACUUUAUUAAAUGCUUUCUCUUUAUGACUUGUUAACUUCGGCAGAAGAUAUAGUAUAUAUGUAUACGGAGCUUAUUUGAUCGAAGGUCAUCCAAAAUAGUAACAGCAACUGUUACGCUGACACAUCAAAUUGCAAUAAUGUGAUGCGGUAACGUGUGCCAUUCAGCGUUUAGCCGAUAUAUUAAAUAGACAAAGAGGAAAAGAAGAAACAAGGGUGUUAUCCAGUGUAAUCCAAAUCGAGUGAGCGAAAAAAUGCGAUUUAUCCACAGCUGAAUCCGCUGACCGCGACAUCCAUUUCACUCGCGUCAUUUCUGUUUUCAUAAUUAUCGCUUGCACUGGCUUGGCGUCAUCAUCGCGACUAAUGGAGAUUAACGAUAGGCAAAGUGAUAAGAAGAGCGAGGAAAAUAGAUUAUAUUAUUACAAUUAGCGCGCAAGACGCUUAAUCGAACAUUCUAUCUGAAGGCGAGAUAAGGUACGGAAUACUAUCGGUGCGACGAUGAGAAAAGACCGAUAAAGAACGAGCGGACAAAUCAAGCUUUUAUAGCGUUGACGAUAUGGCUAGAGAUCGUUACCAGAGCCAGAGGAAACAAAAUAGAGCCUUAUAAUGUUUUACAUUAUAUAAUUAUUAUAAGGAUACGGUUUUAUGGUAUAGUAGAACCUAAUUCGAGCUGAUCGAACGGCUAUGUACGGCUAUGUGGGAACAUAUUCUAUAAAUGUAAAGCGAUAAAGCUCUAGACGCAAUAAUAUUGUACAACAAUAUUGUACAAUAUUCUCAAGACAAUGCAAAACAAAUUUAAUAUAAUCUCCAGACGAUCAAUAAUAUUGUGCAAUAUUCAAAUAUUUUGCAAUAAUAUUAAGUGUUUAAGGGUCGCGAAGUUAAGGAGUCGCGAUUCUUACACGCUCAAUAAAAAAAAUAUUGUACAAUUAUAUUGUAUAUUUUUCUAGAACACAGAUGCCCAACAACGUCCGAUUGGCGAACCAUGUCAGUCCAGCCCAUGAUCGUAUUCUAAAAUAUGAAAUUUAAACUACAGUAGAAUCCAAACACAAAAUCCUUUCCUCACUGCUCAGAUCUAUCCAAAAGCCAACUCGAUAAAACGCUUCCACCGUUCCGUCAUCUCGAUAGAGUGACACUGGGGGUAAACAAAAAGGCCAAAAUUUGAAAUCUGACUCCUUGGAGAAACUAGUUGAGCAUCCGUGUUCUAAGGUACAAUCCAAAUGAUUCCAAGCAUUUUUUGAUUGAUUACUUCGUAAAAUUCCUUGUUCUGACUGAUCAAUCAAAAUGUUAAUGUUCUUAGAAGAUUAAAAACAGUAUUGCACAACAAUCUUCUACAUGAUUCAAAACAGACUCAAUAUAGUCUUCAAAUGAUGAAUAUUGUGCAAUAUUUAAAUAUGUACAAUAAUAUUAAGCGUCUAUAGCACGGAUGCCCAACUAGUUUUUCCAUAUUUUAAAAUUUUCAUCAUUAUUCAGGCUAAUAUGGGCGAAGUUUUUUAAUUCAUCGAUUAAUCAAUCGCAUUAUGCGCAAAUGCAACUUUGUUUUGUAAAAGCUGUUCUGUAAAAUCUUUAACAGCAAAUUCGAUUGAACGUACUAGUGCAGAUUAAAGCCGUCAUAUAUAAAUCGACAUAAAGAUGUAUGUGUUAAAUUUAAAUAUACAAAUGCGAAAUUCUCAAUAUACUUUAUUGCGCUAUUUAGUAAAAUAUAUAUUUCAUCAUUCACACUUAGAUCAGUGUAAAAAUGAAAUGCAAACAGCUUUAAUGUGUAUUAGGUAAUGCGCACUAGGUAGUCCAGUUAAAUUUGCUAAAAUAUAAAGUUUAUCGUUUAUGCUUAUUCUCUGUCUCUAUUGAGGCGACGAAGAAAUAGAAAAGCUUCAGAUCGCGCCUAGCAACAAUAAGAAUUUUGUGUAUUAUUACAAGGUUCUAAAUUUCAUCCAUUUCAUUAUUUUUUGGGCAUCCGUGGUCUAGAAGCCGUAACACGCGCGUAUCUCGCAAAUCUAGCGAGGUGGAAGGGUGGAGGGAAAGAUAUCUUUCGUCGAGGAUCUUGCGAAUUUUUCAUUAUUCCAAGCACUCUCUCGCCGCCCUUCAAAAGCAAGGAUGAUCGUUGCGUCGUCGCAACGGGAUGAUUUAUCUAAUUUGAUCCUUUAUGAUAGUCUUGUCGUUUUUAAUGCUGAAAGAAACUGUUUUGGAUAAUAAAACGGGACAAAUAUAAAAAAAAGCACAGAGAAAAGAAGAUGAAAUUCGAGCGGAAGUUUCGCAGAGCGAUGAUGUCGAGGGGAAGUAGCGAUAGACGAUAAUGAUGCCAAACUUGAUUACUGAUUUCUUCUGCGAUUACUUUUUUUUUCGUGCAAUCGUAGUUAAUCGUAAACUCGCCGAUCCCUCUAGAACAUCGGCGUUAAACAAGAUAAAAAUAAAUACAAAAAAAAAACAGGAAAAACGACACAGUAGCGUUAGACUUACGGCGAGGCGAUGGGGGAGAGCUGAGCAGGGUUGGACGUAGUUGCGUUGUAACGAAGGUCGGAGCGUGGUGCAAUAAAGAGGCGGAAACGAAAGAAGAAAAAAAAAGGAAAGAAAAGGAAGGAAAAAAAACGAAAUUUAUUUUUCGCACCUCUCGCGAGAGGCAAGCGUAUGGCGUUCUAUCUGAAACGUUUAUUUUUCUAUGGUCGGACGUACACGAGCACAACAAAAGGAGUGGUUUUCGGACGAUUUAUUGAUAUGAAAGACGGGAUUACACGCUGUACAGUGUUGAUACAUACGCAUUACGAGCGACGUAUGUCAACUAUUAUUAUACAUAUACGUACAUACGUGUGCGAGAUACGUGUACGCACACGCACGUAGCGGACGGUUGAAACACGCGCGCGCGAACGAGCGACGUGUUUACGUACAAACACGUGCGUUGCGAGAGAUCGAUAUGCGAGAAACGGGCACACGUGCGCGCGGCAUACCUACACACACAACACACCUACCUUCCCUCGAUGUUCACGAUGUGCAUGUAUGUGUGCAUAUGUAUAAUAACGCAAUAAAAUUAAUACUACAUUACGAGUCGUCA